AUGGAUAUAUUCAAUUCAAUCCUGUUGCUUUUUUACCAAGCUGCUUUCUGGGAAGUGACAAUUUUGAAGUUAGAACAGAAAUAUAACAAACUCUGCCAACCACUUUUUCAGAAGAGAUCAGAAUUGUUGGCCAAUAUGCCAAAGUUUGGGGUAACAUUUGUCAACCACCCACAAGUGUCUAAACUGCUUGGGGAAGAGGAUGAAGAGGCACUGCAUUACUUGACAAGAGUUGAAGUGGCAGUAUUCAAAGAUAGUAAAUCAGGUAAUAGAAUAGACUUUUAUUUUGUUGAAAACCCUUACUUUGAAAAUAAAGUUCUCUCCAAAGAAUUUUAUCUGAAUGAGAGUGGUGAUCCUUCUUUUGAAGGAUCCACUGAAAUCAAAUGGAAAUCUGGAAAGGAUUUGAUCAAAUGUUCAAGUCAAACACAAUAUAAAACCAACAGGAAGAGACAGCAUGAGGAACCAGAGACCUUCUUCACCUGCUUUAUUGACCAUUCUCAUGCAGAUGCAGGUGAGUUAAGAGAGGUCAUUAAAGAUGGUAUCUGGCCAAAUCCACUACAAUACUACUUGGUUCCUGAUAUGGAUGAUGAAUAAGGCAUGGGGGAAGAUGAUGAUGAUGAUGAUAAUGAAGAAGAAGAAGAAGAAGAAGAAGAAGAAGAAGAAGAAGAAGAAGAAGAAGAAGAAGAAGAAGAAGAAGAAGAAGAAGAAGAAGAUGAAGAAGGAGACGAGGAUGAAGGAGAAGUCCAUUAUGACCUGCAUUCACGAGCUAUGCAGAGUAUCUGUCAACCAGCUUCUCCUACACUCUUACAUUCCUCUGCAGGUUGGGCCCCCACAGACCUAUUCCUACCUUUAACCCCCACCACAUGUCGCCCCCAUUUAGCAGGAAGCAGCCAGAAUGACUUCAGCACCCUAUAUAACCAAAAAGGAGAAGGGAGCCAGCAUCCUUUUGGAGCCAUGAAUAUGGUGUGGACUCCAUCUGUUGCUCAGAUUGGAAUUUCAGUGGAAUUACUGGAUAGCGUGGCUCAGCAAACUCCUGUAGGCAAUGCUGCUGUGUCCUCAGUUGACUCCUUCACUCGGGUAAAGGAAACCCAAAGAGCUCAUGCAGAAAGGCAUCUUAGCAGUUUUAUUGUGACUGGAUUUUGGAAAGGCAAAUUCAAUGAGCUGUCAUAG